UAAAAGAUGAUAAAUUUACGAACCUUUUUCUAGUAAAACACUUGCCGCCCCAUGUUCAUCUUCAAGCUGGCUGCUCUGGCACUCAUGAAGCUGAACCCUUCCAGUCCCCUCUGCAUUUCUUCAUAAACCCUCUUUCGUCGAGGCCUCACUUCAGUUUCCAUUAAUUGAAGGGAAAAGCUCCAUCCCUCCCGAAUUAGAGCUCGUUUCAGCCUACUGGGAUUCCCUCUCUCAAGCUGGAAUUCCUCUCUUUCAGUGGAAGGAGACCUAGUGGUUAUCGCCUUUCUUGGUCUCCCUUUCUCGUUUCCGGACGCUGCUGAUCUCGCCGGAGUUCAUAUUUGCGGUUCGUGUGUGAUACUCAUCUCUCCAUUUGUCAUUCAGGCUUCACCUCUCCAUGCGUGAUCGAACCCUCCGCUGAAGCAGAGUUGAUCUUAAUAAUGGAGGUAAAGCCAAAAAGGAGAAACGCUGCAGAGAACGGGGAAACUGCAGACGACCUUGCUUCAUUGAUUGGGAAUGGCGAAGAUCUUGCUCCAAUUGUGAGACAUGCAUUUGAAAUGAGGUGGCCAGAAACUCUCCUUCAUCAGCUGAAGAUCAUUGUGAAGAAGAAAGAAGUUGAAAUUGAGGAAUUGUGCAAGACGCACUAUGAAGAAUUUAUUUGUGCAGUCGAUGAACUUCGUGGUGUAUUGGUCGAUGCAGAAGAGUUGAAGGGUGAACUAUCUAGUGAUAAUUCUAAAUUGCAAGAGGUAGGGAGCGCUCUCUUGGUCAGACUCGAGGAACUUCUUGGAUCUUAUUCUAUUAAAAAGAAUGUGGCUAAAGCCAUCAACAUGUCUGAGAAUUGUGUUCAAGUGUUGGAUCUUUGUGCCAAGUGCAAUUUUCAUAUCUCUAAAGACCAGUUCUACCCUGCAUUGAAAACUAUCAAUCAGAUUGAGAAGAAUUAUUUGCAGAAGAUUUCGGUCAAGUCACUAAAAAUGGUCAUUGAGACAAGAAUUCCUGUGAUUAAAUCUCACAUUGCGAAGAAAGUUUCUGAUGAAUUUAAUGAAUGGCUUGUUCACAUAAGAAGUUCUGCCAAGGUUAUUGGGCAUACAGCUAUCGGUCAUGCAGCAACUUCUCGUCAAAAAGACGAGGCAAUGUUAGAGCGUCAGAGGCAAGUUGAGGAACAGAGCAUUUCAGGUUUGGGAGAUUUUGCGUAUACUUUAGAUGUUGAAGAUAUUGAUGAGGACUCGGCUCUAAAGUUUGACCUGACACCCGUUUAUCGGGCAUAUCACAUUCAUGCAAGCCUUGGCACCCUAGAGCAGUUUCGUGAAUAUUACUAUAGGAACCGAAUGCUGCAGCUUAAUUCAGACUUGCAGAUCUCCUCUAGUCAGCCUUUUAUAGAAUCCUAUCAGACAUUUUUAGCUCAAAUUGCAGGUUAUUUUAUUGUCGAGGAUCGCGUCAUGAGAACUGCUAGAGGGCUAUUAUCAGCUGAACAGUUCGAUGCAAUGUUAGAUACUGUUGUUAGCAAGUUGACAUCAGUGCUGGAAGAACAGUUUUCCCUCAUGGACUCUGCAACCCACCUUCUUCUGGUGAAGGAUUAUGUCACUCUUUUGGCAUCUGCUCUUAGACAAUAUGGGUACGAAAUUGGUGCGGUACUCGAGGCUUUCAAAAAAAGCCGGGACAAAUACCACGAGCUUCUUUUGGAAGAGUGUCGGCAGCAGAUUGUGGAUGCUCUUGCUAAUGACUCUGGUAAGCAGAUGGUUAUGAAAAAAGAUAGUGAUUACGAAACCAACGUUCUCUCCUUUAAUCUCCAGUCGUCGGAUAUAAUGCCUGCAUUUCCAUAUAUAGCACCAUUUUCGUCUACGGUUCCUGAUGUCUGCCGCAUUGUGAGGUCCUUCAUUAAAGGGUCUGUUGAUUAUUUGUCGUACAGCGUGCAUUCUAGUCCGUUCGAUGCUGUGAAGAAGUACUUGGAUAGGCUCCUAACAGAUGUUUUAAAUGAAGCAAUACUCAAUACUAUUCAUAGCAGCUCUUUUGCUGUUUCUCAACCAAUGCAAAUUGCUGCAAAUAUAACUGUUCUUGAACGAGCCUGCGAUUUUUUCCUUGGCUAUGCAGCUCAACUAUCUGGGGUGCCUCUUCUUGAAAGGCCACAAGCUAAUCUUAAUUCUAAUAUUGUUCUUAAAACUUCAAGAGAUGCAGCUAAUCUUGCAUUGUUGAAUUUGGUUAAUACCAAAUUAGAUGAGUUUAUGGCUCUAACAGAGAAUAUUAGUUGGACUUCUGAGGAGGUUUCUGCAAAUGCAAAUGACUAUACAAAUGAAGUGCUUAUCUAUCUUGACACUAUAUUAUCCACCGUACAGCAGAUUUUACCUUUGGAAGCCUUAUACAAGGUUGGAAGUGGGGCGUUCGAACACAUAUCGAACUCUAUCUUCGCAGCUUUUCUUAGUGAUAGCGUCAAAAGGUUCAAUGCUAACGCAGUCAUGGCCAUCGACAACGAUCUAAAGGUGCUGGAAACUUUUGCAGAUGAGAAGUUCCAUAGCAGCGGAUUGAGUGAAAUGUAUGAAGGAGGUAGCUUUCGAAAAGGCUUGGUGGAAGCCAGGCAACUUAUUAACCUUUUGCUGAGCAGUCAACCUGAAAACUUCAUGAAUCCUGAAAUAAGAGAGGAGAAAUAUAACAUGUUGGAUUAUAAGAAGGUGGGUAUUAUAUGUGAGAAAUUUAAAGAUUCUCCUGAUGGGAUCUUUGGGAGCCUUUCGAACAGAAAUACGAAACAAAGCUCUCGAAAGAAGUCGAUGGACAUUCUGAAGAAAAGACUGAAAGAUUUCAACUAAGAAGGCUUGAAGAUUGGCUGCAACAGCAGUAAGAACUCAACUCCCUUCGCCAUAUUUAUUCAGUAGCUGUAUAAUUUGUGUUCUCUGCUACACUUUGUUUAGAUGAUUUGUGUUAUAUUAUUCAAUACCUCUUCGUGCUUGAAGAAACUUUUGGUCACUA